GGAAAAUAGAAAAGCCAAGGGCAAACAGCCAAAAAUUGAUGAAAAUGAACCAUAUAAGAAAAUAUUAAAAGACCGGACUCAUCAGGCUAUUGCAAGGUGGAUAUAUGAUUAUGGGAUACCUCUAAAUGUUGUGAACAAUGAUAGUUUUGCGCCAAUGAUAGAGGCUAUUGGGCAUUACGGUCCGGUUUUGCCCCAACCAACUUAUCGUCAAGUGCGAGUUCCUCUUCUAAAAAAAGAAUAGAACAUGUUAACAAGUUGAUGGAGGAGCACAAAAAAGACCAGAAACAAUAUGGGUGUACGCUAAUGAGUGAUGGGUGGACUGAUAGGAAAAAUAGAACAUUAAUGAAUCUUUUGGUGAAUUCUCCGAGAGGGACCAUGUUUUUGAAAUCUGUGGAUGCGUCUGGAAUUGUAAAGGAUGCAGAAAUGAUAUAUGAAUUGCUUGAUGGGUGGGUGGAGCAUAUUGGAGAAGCAAACGUGGUUCAAGUUAUUACGGAUAGUGCCGCGGCAAAUGUGGCGGCAAAGAGGUUGUUGGAGGCAAACCGACCUCAUUUGUUUUGGUCUUUGUGUGCUACCCAUUGCUUGGACUUGAUGUUAGAAGACAUUUUCAAGUUACCAAAUUUGAAGACAACUUGAGAAAGGGCAAUAAUGAUGCAUGGUUAUAUUUAUAAUUGACCCUCUUUGUUUAAUAUGAUGAGGCAAUUUACCUAAAGGAAGGAGCUUGUUAAGCCGGCAAAAACUCGAUUUGCAACCGCUUUUUUGACUUUGCAAAGGGUUUAUGAACAAAAGGGAAACUUAAGGAAGAUGUUUACUUCAGAGAAGUGGACCAAUAGCAAAUGGGCAAAAGAGCAAAGAGGAAAACAUGUAGAAAAAGUCAUGUUGAUGGCCUCCUUUUGGAGGAAUGUGUUCCUUGCCCUCAAGUUCGCAUCCCCACUUGUUAAGGUACUUAGAUUGGUUGAUGGAGAAGUCAAGCCUCCAAUGGGAUACAUUUAUGAGGCUAUGGAUCGGGCUAAAGAAACUAUUGCAAAUUGCUUCAAUCAAAAUAAGGAAAUGUAUGAUAAGAUCUAUAAGAUAAUCGACAAGAGGUGGGAAUCCCGAUUGCAUCGGCCUUUGCAUGCAGCUG